AGACUCAGUAGCGGUGUUGUGUGGUGCUUGCCGUUGAACAAGUAUUGCGUACUGCAGGAGAUUCAGUGUAUUUAGUAGCCUGUAUUCCGUAGCCAAUGUUUCGGGGAAAAUACGUUAGAUAACCUUUAACGGAGCCAAAUUCCUGACCAAGAAUAAGAAUAGGCUAGGUUCUCUGUUCCUAAACCUAUUAAAAAAAAAAGUUCACAUCAGAGUGGCGAUGUGGCUUCUUGUGGUUAGAUGGUGAUUUGCAGUGUGUGCGAUACUGACAUUGAAUCAGGGCUGUGAUCAGGACGGUCCUUUCUGCUCAGAAGAAGAAUUAUUCACAUGGAGCAACAAAUGCAUUACUGAGAGAUUCAUUUCAUUGCGUGAUGGGGAAUGGGCUCUGCACCGAGAAAGCAGGUUCUCCCAGUAGAGGAGCAGUCUCUUAGCACCGAUUCAUCCUCAUCUUCCUCAUCACCACCUUCAUUGUUUAAUAAUUCAGCUGUACCGCUGAUCAUCAUCACAGCUCCGUCUCGAGAAAACCUCUUAGAGACGCCAGUGUGUCUGAAGAUAGCGGACGCUAAUAACGAGCCGCGGCCCAUGGGAAGUCCAGUGUUUGUUGGUCGAGGUCGUUUUGUCACGGGCACAGCCUGAUUUACACAGAUUUGCUGCUCUUUACACGAAACGUACAGUCGUGCAACAUUAAAUUGCUAUAUGUGUUACACUAAUCAUUGAUCCAGACGAAUGUGGAGUGAUUGGAGAUGGAAAACACAUCAGAGACAGAUCUAGAGCCGUUAAAGCUGAAAUCUUUAAAAACCGACAAGACGUUUGUAAUACCGCACAGAGAACGGUUGGGGAAAUGCAGGAGUGUGAAGGAGUUUGAGAAGAUGAACCGGAUUGGAGAGGGAACAUAUGGCAUCGUGUACCGAGCACGUGAUACAAGGACAAAUGAAAUUGUUGCCCUGAAGAAAGUGCGAAUGGAUAAAGAGAAAGAUGGGAUUCCCAUCAGCAGUUUGAGGGAAAUUAACUUACUGCUCAGAUUGAGACACCCAAACAUUGUGGAGCUGAAAGAAGUGGUGGUGGGAAGCCAUCUGGAGAGCCUCUUUCUGGUGAUGAGUUACUGUGAGCAGGAUCUGGCCAGUCUACUGGAGAACAUGCAGUCCCCGUUCUCUGAAGCUCAGGUGAAGUGUAUAGUUCUUCAGCUGCUUAAAGGACUGGAAUUUUUACAUCACAACUUCAUUCUUCACAGGGAUCUGAAGGUUUCCAAUCUACUGAUGACAGACAAAGGCUGUGUAAAGAUAGCUGACUUCGGUCUGGCGCGUGUUUACGGUAUCCCGUUACAGCCCAUGACUCCUCGAGUAGUCACACUGUGGUAUCGAGCCCCAGAGCUCCUCCUAGGGACCAAGACACAGACCACUUCCCUGGACAUGUGGGCCGUCGGCUGCAUCUUUGCUGAGCUUCUUGCCCAUAAACCUCUUCUGCCUGGAGCCUCAGAGAUCCAGCAGGUGGAUUUGAUCGUACAGCUGUUGGGAACACCUAAUGAGAGCAUCUGGCCGGGCUUCUCGCGCCUGCCGUUGGUUGGGCAGUACAGUCUGAGGAAGCAGCCCUACAACAACCUAAAGAACAAGUUCACCUGGUUAUCAGAAGCUGGUUUGAGACUGCUUAACCUGCUGUUCAUGUACAACCCACAGCGCCGAGCCACAGCUAAAGAUUGUUUAGAAAGUUCCUACUUCAAGGAAAAGCCCUUGCCGUGUGAACCAGAGCUGAUGCCCACGUUUCCUCAUCACAGAAACAAACGAGGAGGCUCUGUGAUGGAAAACCAGUCCAAAAGAAGCAAAGUCUGACGUUCUGCUGCCUGAUGAGUGACGCUCGUCACCGAUGGCAUCACAGACGUGUUCUACUUUUCAAAUGGAAAUUUCUGUUCUUUUCUUCUGAAAGAUAUUGUGCAAAUUACAUUAAGGAUCAGACUUACAGACAUGAGAUACAUUGUAAAUAAUACAAAGAAAUCCUACUUAGGCGAGUUGUACUUGAAUGAUGCUGCUGUUUUUGUACAAAGAUUAAAAAAAGCUUUCUGUUCUGAAUGCAUUAGCACGUGA